AUGGGGAUCAACGGCGACCCAAACUAUGGCUCCUCCAAAUCCCAUGCGAAUAUUAAAAAGACCCAACAUUCCUUGAACACCCCACCAAUAUCGGCAUCACCCCGCUCAACGACCCCUCCUACCACAACAAGUAAAAGAAUGACGGAAAGAAAACCCCGAGAAGAGAACACAAACUCUUCAAAAAAUACAAGCAGAACAUAUCGUCCAACUGUUGAUGCGGUCGAUUCGAAUGCGCUGAGUAAAGCUCUUAUGAGAGAGUUUGAGGAUUCUGGUGGCAGGCAUCGCGACAUCACACCUGGAGGUAGCCCAAGCAGAAAGCGACAACGUGUAUAUGGCGACAGCAAUUUCAAUCUUUGUGGUUUCGAUCUUCCAAAGCCCGAUCUCCCAGAGAUUGAGAAGCCCCCAAGAUUCAUUCCAAAUCGAGAAGGACAAGACUUGCAAGCCAGCUUCAGUUUACUGCAUGAUGAGGGAUCUCCAGCAACACCUUCUAAACAAAAGAAGCGUACCCCGCACGGCGAGCUUCAUUUCCAAAGAACCGAAGAAGCCAAUCGGACAUUCUCUACCUUGCUUCGGUCCGAGCUCUUCGAUACGACAAUUCCACAACCUACACCUACCAGCUUAUCGCCCGAAUCGCAUACAACCACUAUCAAUGAUCCCACAAGAUCUCAUACCCCCCCUCAUAUCUCGCCUGCGAUCUCAUCACUACCGGCAUCUUUCACUCCUUCGACUCCACACAAGAAUCUCUUUACGUAUAUGUCACCGCGACAUCAUACGAAUAUUGCCGGUCACCCAACUCCAUCGCGAACGCCCCAAAGUAGACAUGGAAUCAACCUCGAUGUCCGAUCGGAGCUCUACAGCGUUUCUCCUGUACGAUUCAACAGCCAGCAGUUGCUAUUGAGUCCUCGCAAGCAACCUCGAGUUGUGAGCAAGGUGCCAUACAAAGUCUUAGACGCGCCUGACUUAGCUGAUGAUUUUUACCUCAACCUUGUGGAUUGGGGAAGCAGCAAUGUUCUUGGAGUAGGACUUGGAUCUUGUGUGUAUAUGUGGAAUUCACAAACUGGACGAGUGAACAAGCUGUGUGAGUUAACUGAUGAUACUGUCACAAGCGUAUCGUGGAUUCAGCGUGGCUCUCAUAUUGCCAUUGGUACUGGAAAGGGAUAUGUUCAGAUUUGGGAUGCAGAGCGAGUGAGACGUUUACGCACAAUGACAGGCCAUACAGCUCGAGUUGGAUCCCUUGCUUGGAACGACCAUAUCCUCACUUCAGGUUCCAGAGAUCGCCUCAUUUAUCACCGAGAUGUACGAGCACCAGAUCAAUGGUUGAGAAAAUUGGUUGGACAUAAGCAAGAAGUUUGCGGUCUUCGUUGGAACUGCGAUGACCAACAACUUGCAUCAGGUGGUAACGACAACAAACUCAUGGUUUGGGAUAAGCUAUCUGACACUCCUACCUACAAGUUCAGUGAUCACACUGCCGCUGUCAAAGCCAUUGCCUGGUCUCCACAUCAAGGCGGUCUUCUCGCAUCGGGAGGUGGUACUGCAGACCGUCGUAUCAUAUUCCAUGACACCAAGCGCGGCACCAAACUCAAUGAGGUCGACACUGGCUCUCAAGUAUGCAAUCUUGCAUGGUCAAAGAAUUCGAAUGAAAUCGUGUCCACCCAUGGUUAUUCGCAAAACCAAAUCGUGGUUUGGAAAUAUCCGAGCAUGCAACAAGUUGUUAGUCUUACAGGUCAUACUUACAGAGUAUUAUACCUGGCAAUGAGUCCUGAUGGCAGAGUUAUAGUCACGGGUGCAGGCGAUGAGACUUUGAGAUUUUGGAAUGUGUUCGGUAGAAAGCCAGGACAAAGAGAUGAUUGCGAUGCCGGUGGAGGAAAGCUCGCGGAUUGGGGUAUCAUCAGAUAG